AUGAUGAAAUCUAGUUCCUUCUUGCUCAUUGCUUUAGUCGCUCUGCUGAAGAACAUAGAAGGAGAGAGGAAUACUCUAACUUUAAAAGUGAUUGUUGGUUACAAGGUAGCACCAGUGAUUGCUACCUUCAGUGCACGUAGUCGACUAGCAUGUGCUGCAGGCUGCGUCCAAAACCAAGCUUGUGAUGUUUACGACUACAAAGAUAAAUCAAAUUCAAACAACUGCAACAUCGCAGCUCUGAAUGUAGACACUUACUUCGAGCAAGACUCGGAUUCUAUAUGUUAUGUGCCAGUUGGUGCCGUGAUCUCCCUCCGCAACGAACAGCAUGGCCUUUGGGGGCGCUGGUCGGCCUACCAGUACUGUGACGAAGGUUCCUUUGUUUACGGAUUGAGAGCUUGGACAGAUGAGUAUGGUGGACCUGGACUCGCUCAAGACGACUGCGGUAUGACCGGGUUGGAGCUGUACUGUAAGGACCUCGCAGGCACUGUCACAACUCCUAUUAAAUUUAACCUUGGCUUCAGUGACGCAGUGGUAAGGCCUCAAGACACCUGCCAGGGCGGCACAUUCGCUCUGGGCUUCCGCAUGAAGUGGCUCGGUGACCAGGGGGACGAGGAUGACGUGGCUAUGACCACCUUCCGGCUGCAUUGCCAGACCGGAACCGCCCAGAGUUAUGGGGAUCUUCAAGGAACGUGGUACAGCGCGGCAAUGUGCCCUCCUGAGUCUCUCAUUUGUGGAUUUCGCGUCUUGUACCAACUGCUUACUGUCGACGAUGUCACCUGCUUCAACGAGGUUGUAAUGGCGUGCUGUUUCCCGUGAGCCUCGACUGUGGCAUGACGAACCAGGGACCUCGGAAGGAAGAACGGGACAGCGGCCGCAAUGCAGUGAUCACUCGGCUUAUGCGACUAUACUCCCCUUUAGCUGUGAAGAUGGCGCUGAUAUUCCAAGCAAAGAGCUUCAUCAUAUAUGUGUUAGCCAUAAAGCUGGUUUAUGUCUCAUGUACUGUUUUAGAAUAUGCUUUAUCUACUGCUGUCCGGCGGGCAAUGCCUACAAGCCGAAAUAAUAAAAUUAGCCUAGAAAAUUUAAGGAAAAGUUACAGACGUAGAACGAACCUUUGCUUCAUUAUCGUUUUCCGAAACAAAAUUACACUUUGCUUACUUUCUUGUAUAGAUGCUCUCUAAAACUUGUGCAUGCAUUGGUACACGAGUAAAGUGGCUGCCAUACUUUUCAGCCAACGUCACGUACGAGGACGUAGUAACAACGCUGCUAUUUGCUACCUUCUAGGUUUUGGCCAUACGUGUGCGUGUUCUUCUUUUGUUUUGCUUUCCUUGAUAGAUGUUUCACCACUAUAAUUCUACAUCAUCCUUUCUUCAUAAGUAUACUGAAUACUGUCUACGAAUCCAGUAGCCUUUGGGUGACAGUCUUAACUUGAGUUUUCAAUGACUUCUAGACAGACUGGGAAUGCUUUUGGAAUUUUUGUCUUACUUUUUUAUGAGGAUGCACAAUGAGGUAAAGGUUUACAAUACACUUAUACUUGACUUACACGUACCAUUUCGAUUUCAUAGCGAUAAACUUUAUUUACUCCCAAGCUGAUUUGUGCUAAAUUUAAUGCGUUUGCACAACACCCAUCAGUGAUUUAGUAGUUCAUAUUACUUUUUGAUGUCAGUUCCUGCGUGAAGGAAUAAAUGUGUGGCAUAUUUAACAGAAUCUAUUAUUUCCAAGAUUAAUCCAUGGUCUUUUCCGUUCUUUUUUUUUAGUUUUAUAGACUAAUACCUCUUUCACUUGGUGAAGACAACAAUUACAUUUUGAGGCAUUUUAUCCUACUUAUACUGAUAAACAUGCAUUUUAAUUUACUCUG